AUGGAAAAACUGCUCCUGUCUAAAGGAUAUGAGCUUGGAGACACGAUCGGGGAAGGGACUUAUUCCAAAGUGAAGGAAGCCAACUGCAGAAGCCAGCGGAAAAAAGUGGCCAUUAAAAUCAUCAAUCGGCAGACAGUACCAAAGGAUUUCAUCCACAAAUUUCUCCCGCGAGAGCUGCAAAUAGUACAGAACUUGGAUCACAAAAAUAUCAUUAAGGUUCACGAAAUCUGGGAGAGCGACGAUGGUAAGAUAUGUAUAAUCAUGGAACUUGCUGAAGGUGGAGAUGUUCUCGAACACAUCAAAAGGGAAGGGCCACUACCUGAAGAACUGGCGAAAACUUUAUUCCGUCAACUUGUCGCGGCCAUUUGCUACUGUCAUGACUGUGGGAUUGCUCACAGAGACCUCAAGUGUGAGAACACUCUGUUAGAUAAAAGUUUCAACGUGAAGUUGGCAGACUUCGGCUUCGCUAAGAAUUUCCGGACCGGUACGGCUGAAUUAAGCAAGACCUUUUGCGGCAGCACAGCCUACGCUGCACCCGAGGUUCUACAAGGAGUUCCACACGAAAGCAUCAAAAGCGACAUCUGGAGCAUGGGCAUCGUGCUGUACACCAUGCUCUGCGGCCACCUACCUUUCGAUGAUUCAAACAUCCCAAAGAUGCUGUGGCUUCAGCAGAACGGGGUGACAUUCCCGCAGCAGUUGGAAUUGAGCCGAGAAUGUCGAGAUCUUGUUGGGAGAUUGCUGGAACCCGAUUGCAGUCUGAGACCUCCGAUCCAGGAGGUCAGUUCCCACCCGUGGUUAACAGACAGCCAAUAA